AUGGCAGAAUUGAUCGAGGAAAACAAAUCGCUACUUCGAAAGGUCAAUGCCCAACAAAAGAUUAUCAAUGCCGUUUCCGGCGACCAAGGCUCCUCGCAUGCGGAUGAGCUAAGGCAUCAACCCUUCUACCCCGAGUCGGCAACCUACGAGCCUAAGCAGGAGGUAGCGGAACAAGAUGCUGAGAGGGGAGAGCAGCCCGACUACCUAUUUACCAUCCGAGAAGUGUACGGCACGGCGCCCGAGUCGCCCAAAUUGAUCUUUACCCAAGAUACCGAAGCAGCCCGUCGCUCUCUACUCGCAAUCGUCCCCACGCAGUAUUCCCAUUACUUGGUACGCCACCAUUGCAAAGUAUUGCACUGGGUCCAUGCUGUAUUUCAUAUCCCCACGUUCUUGAGCACGCACGACGGGUGGAUAGCGAGUAUACAGCGCGGGCAGUUGACAGAUCAGUCUUAUGACUUUUUGUCGUUGUACUUUGCCAUUAUAUCUGCUAGUCUAUACUUUCUUGAUGAGACAGAGGCCAUGGGGCUAGGUUUGACCAAAGAUGCUAUAAAAGCUCUCCCCCGGUUAUGGUUCGACAUCUCCAUCAACUGCCUCCAUCUCGGCCAAUACAUGGUCCGCUCCACCAUCCCCAUCCUUCAGACCAUAUGCGUCUUACCAUUAGUAGCUCAUUCGUUCGGCAUGUCGGCGUAUCUCUUCUCUCUCCUGGAACUAGCUUUCAACAUGGCCAAAGACCUCAAUUUUCAUCUUCUAGCCGACGAAUCGAUUUACGCGGCUUCUCUCGGGAAUGUGGACUCUGAGAUGGGAAAGAGGAUAUGGACCUGCUUGGAUGUUGCGCAUUGUAUGCAUCCGAGUAUAAGUCAGCCUUACGCUCUGCUUUAUCCCACAUCACGCACUUCACCACCAGCCAAUGUCGACGAUGCCCACUUUUCAGAUACUGUGCCUGCAAUCUCUCGGCCGUUAUAUCAAACAACCGGCGUCACCCACUUGAUUUCCAUGGGUCAAAUCGCCAGCCUCUACCGAGGUUUCAACACCGAAUACAACAAGGAAACCACAACCUACGCCCGCUUUCUCGUCGCUCAAAAGUAUGGUCAAAAAGCCGGCACCAUCCUCGAUUCCAUGCCCGAGCACCAGCCCCGGCCCUUUGAGCAGUAUCAUCCGAUCGUGGCUACGGGGGAGGCAUUCGACUAUCGGCCUUGGUCGAGGUUCUUGUAUUCAUCUUUGAUACCUCAAUGCCGGAUCCAUUUCUUUCGGUGGUUUCUCCGUCCGGCUUAUGGAGAUGAUCGAUUUCGAGAAGCACGGAAAAUAUGCUUGCAAGCUUCUCGGGAGAUCAUUGAACUUCGCUGUAGACCCAUCCCGCCUCUCUAUCAAAAGAACUGGCAUGUAUCGGUGAAUACCAUCAUGGCAGCUACAGUCAUCGCAACAGAGCUCCUCCAUGGGGGCCACGAAGAGUCGGUAAAAGUCGGUUUCAGGACAGAGAUCAAUACAGCUAUCGAGAUCUUACGACAUACCAAGACUACCAACACGAUCAUUCCGCGAGGCAUCGAGCUGCUACAGCGGAUAGAUUUCAGCGGAUGA